AUGCCGUGUUUAAUUCUUUUUUUCGACAUUUGUGCCACCACGCAAGCCUGCAAGUCCUUUGGUCUGACAUUUGCUCACAACCUUGCCAUUCUGCCUGGUCUUACCUCUGUCCGUAUUCUGGGCAUCAAACCAAGUUCUAACAAGUCAGUUUCCAAUGCGAAGAAACCUCUAGAUAUUGAUUGGGACACCGUGAAAGAGCUUCGAACCAGAACUAAUCAAGCAUUGAAGAAGGACAUUCACCAACUGGAAACCGAUAUCAAGACUGUGUCUGAUGAGCUGAAGGCUGCAAACAAGGACCACAAGAAGGAGCAGUAUUCUACAAGGAUCAAGGACUUGAAGAAGCAAUGGCACACUGAUCGUAGCAAACACCAAGAAAUCAAAGAGCUGAAGGCUCAAAGAUACCAGCUGUUCAUCGCCAUCAAACAGACCAAGCAACAACUGUCCAACAUGAGAACUCGUGCCUUUUUGAUAAAGAAAGCCAUUGAAUAUAGAAACAAAGACAUCCUUCUUGUAUCAAAUUACGAGCCUCCUCCUUCUGGCCAACAUCUCAAUUCAAUGGUGUUUUCGGGUACUGAUAACGGGCUGGCUGUAAUGACAGAAACUAUUGGCAUGAAUCUGAACAAAUACAAAUAUCAUUUGUCACUGCAUAAUAGAUUCUCUCCUCUCACCCAUCUCGAUGCUGAUAAAAGCAAUUUGUCUGAUAGUACUGGUACUGCUGCUGGUAAUGAUGGCAAUGGUGUCGAUCAAGUUAUUGCGAACGAUGCUAGUGACAAGGAUGAAAUUCGUGAUGGCAGUGUUAAAUGCGAUGGAGAUCUCAAUGGUGAUGUGCCUUUUUGUAAUGAUUUUAGUGGUGGUGGCGAUACUUCUGAUGUUCCUGAUGCUGAUGAUGGCGACGCUGGUGCUACUGCUAAUGAUUGUGGUCAGACAACAACAUUUGAGCCUCUGCCAGAGUCAUACAAGAUGCGUGCUGAAGAUAUCGUCUUUGGUUCUGGCCAAUUCAUGAGGCGAAAGAUCACUUUGAAAGACAAGAAAACAGCAGAAGAAGGAAAGAGGGUUCAAGAGAUUGAGCAGCAAUUGCCGAGAUCUAAUGUGUUCAGAGCCAAAGAGGUAGAGGAUGUCAUGUCAAAUCUUGAUGCACACAGAAGCAAUGGCCAAGCAUUGCGAGCGUUCUAUCACUCAAAGAAGCAGAAUACUCUCUCUAACAGGGUUGAGUACAUUGGCAGGCGUUUCCGUUCUCGUUUUGCUUCGUGUGAAAGAUCCUUUUGUGCUGGUGUUCGUCCCCAAACGUCACUUACAAUGUUCGUUGGAGAUCGUGGUCUUUGUGUCGGCUCUCGUUUGAAGGGUCAUUUGAAGUAUGGUGAAAAAUGGAAGCCUUGA